AUGGAAGAGUUGGAGCAGCGCCCUGCAACUGUUCUCACCCUUCAAGCUUCUGCACCACACGAACUUUUCCUGCGAUUCUCGUCAUACAACAUGUUGAUAAAUGUAAUGGGAUUUGCGUUUCGCUUCAUCCAUAAUGCUCGACCGAAGAACACUCGAAUCUCUGGCCGAGUGCUUCUCGUCCCAGAAUUGCACGCUGCUAAAAUGUUCCUGGUGAGAUUGGUGCAAGCUGAAGUAUUCCCCGGUGAGCUGAAGGCUCUGCGCAAAGAGCAAUCCGUAUCAAAAAAUUUCAAGCUCCGGCUCCUCUGCCCGUUCUUGGAUUCCGAAGGCGUAAUACGAAUUGGUGGCCGGUUACAACUUUCGGCCGAAUCCUACAACAUUCGUCAUCAAAUUGUCAUUCCCGGCUUCCAUCCAUUCACCAAAUUGCUGAUAAUGCAUCACCACAAGAAGCUGAUCCAUGGUGGUAACACCGUAACUCUCGCGGUUCUGAGAGACGAAUUCUGGCCGUUACAUGGUCGCAGAGCUAUAAGGAGCGUCCUCCGAAGCUGUUUCAAUUGCCAUAGAGCAAACCCCCGCCCGAUAGAACAACCUGUUGGCCAACUACCCUCCAGCCGUGUCACGGUUAACGAAGCUUUCUAUUGUACGGGAGUGGAUUAUUGUGGGCCUCUUUACCUGAAGCCCGCCCACAGACGAGCAGCAUCACAGAAGGUUUACAUCUGUGUAUUUGUGUGCUUUAGCACCAAGGCGGUCCACCUCGAGCUGGCAGGCGAUUUGAGCACCAACACGUUCCUGAAGGCUCUGGAUCGAUUUAUGUAUCGGAGGAACAAACCGCACCAUAUCUAUUCCGAUAAUGGUACAAAUUUUAUCGGAGCAAAGAAUGCUCUUCAUCAGCUGUAUUCCAGACUUCAGUCAGAACCUGAAAAUGAGAAAAUCACCAAAUAUCUAGCUCAAGACGGAAUACAGUGGCAUCUGAUUCCCCCACGAGCCCCUAACUUCGGUGGCCUCUGGGAAGCCGCGGUUAAAGUGGCAAAAAAGCAGCUCGUUAGACAACUAGGAGACUCGCUGCUUUCUUACGAAGAACUCCUGACCAUCCUCGUCCGUAUUGAGGGUUGCAUGAACUCUCGUCCCCUCAUGCCUCUGUCCGACGAUCCUCACGACUUGACCGUGCCUCCUCCGUCUCAUUUUCUUAUCAAGAAUAUGAUCAAGCCACUUCCCGAACCAGACAUCCGCCAUCUACCGAUGAAUCGACUGAAUUACUAUCAGCGAAUUCAAGCCCAUAGUCAACAGUUUUGGCACCGAUGGAGGUCGGAGUACCUGAAGGAACUUCAAACGCAGUUCACAACAAACCCGAAACGAUGCGACCUUGCAGUUGGCAGCGUAGUAAUCUUGAAGGAUGACAGCCUUCCACCGACGCGCUGGCCCCUAGCGCGUAUCCUGGAGGUCCACCCCGGACCUGAUGACAUCAUUCGUAUGGUGACCCUACAAACCUCAGGAGGAGUACUGAAGCGAUCAGUAUCGAAGAUUUGCCCAGAAGAAUAA